AUUACUUUUCAUCGGGGUUCCAGCGCCGCACGCUAGGACUCUGCAACACGUUGGUUUACCGUCGGUUUAGGGCCAGAGUAGUGUCGCCAUGGCAGAUAAAAUGGAUAUGUCUUUAGAUGAUAUCAUCAAACAGAAUAAGCAGCGAGGUGGCGGUCGGGGUGGAAGAGGGGGCCGCGGCAGAGGAGGUCCAGGCGGGGGUCGCGGUGGCGUCGGCCGGGGAGGCUCCGGUGGCUUUGGAGGCCGAGGUGGAGGAUCUGGCCCAAUGAGGAAUCGACAGAACCUGAGCCGCGGUAGAAGCAGACCAACGCCGUACAGCAGGCCUAAGAAUCUCCCGGACAAGUGGCAGCACGACAUGUUCGACACGGGCUACAGCGGCGGCAUGGGAGGCGGCGGAGGAGGGGGCGCCGGCGUGGAGACCGGAGGGAAACUGCUCGUCUCCAACCUCGACUUUGGAGUGUCUGACGCGGACAUCCAGGAGCUGUUUGCAGAGUUCGGGACCCUGAAGAAGGCAGCGGUGCACUACGACCGAUCGGGGCGGAGCCUGGGCACGGCGGACGUUCACUUUGAGAGGAGAGCCGAUGCCCUCAAGGCCAUGAAGCAGUAUAACGGAGUCCCCCUCGAUGGGCGACCAAUGAACAUUCAACUCGUCACAUCACAGAUCGACACACAGAGGAGGCCCAUGCAAGGGCUGAACCGCGGCGGUGGUGGAGGCAUGAGCCGGGGCCGAAUGGGAGGCUUCGGGGGUAUGCAGCGAGGCAGGGGAGGCCGAGGUGGAGGAUCCAGAGGCCGGGGAAGGGGCGGGCGAGGCGCAGGAGCAGGAGGAAGCAAACAGCAGCUCUCAGCCGAGGAGCUGGACGCACAGCUAGACGCCUAUAACGCCAGGAUGGAUACCACAUAAGUGCCCAAAGCCCUCACUUCACUUCAGUUCGGCCUGUCCAACCAGUUGAUGGCCGUGGUCGUCACGGAUACAGCGCUGGACAAUUUCAGAGUUUUUUUUUUCCAGCUGACGUCUUGAGAUGUUACUAUAAAAAUGUGUAUCGUUAUUGCUCCUUUUAACGCUCCGGGAUGUUUUUUACCUAUUGCUCUUUGUUUUUAUUUUUCAUUAUUUUGGUUUUGAUUUUUCAAAAAAAGGAAAAAAAAGAAUAGUGGUCUUGACUGUAGGGUUUUAAAUGGGGGGUGUACUGGUUGUGUUAGUUCUCCCCCUCUCCCACCACCCCUUGUAGAUCAUUGGAAUAAACCUACAGUUGUGUAUUACAUAAAA